AUGUUGAAAUUUCUUAGGGCUUCUGGAAUCCCUCUAGUGGUCGCUUUCACAAGCUUCUCCGACAAAGUUGAAGCUCCUCCCCUCGGGGUUGAGCUGUGUGAGCUUCCGUGAGCGCCGACGGUGCUCACGCCCCAAACGUCGCUCACAAAGCUCCGACGAUGGGCGGAGACGAUCAAUAGCGGUCUGCCUGGGACAGCAGCUACCCGCAGCGCUGUCGCCCUCCGCAGCGCUUAGUAUGCUUAUGAAAAUUCUAACCUGCGACUGUAAUUUCAUGGGUCAGAACCACAGGUACGCUUUUUAUGAUUCUUUGCUCAUUUCCUGAGAUGAAAAGAACAGAUAGGUAUGCCCGGAGAAAGCCGGAAAUUGCGCCGGUGAUAAAAAAAAAGCUAUUACAUUCCUGGGCGUUGCGUGCGUGUUCCGAUUUCCGGUGCAGUUCCUGUGGCUCUCAGAUGAGACUGAUAGGCUCAGUCCGACGCCGUCAUGCAUAUCAGCUUCUCUCUCAACCGCUUUUUCAAACUUGUCUGCAAUAUUGACGCUCCUGACAGAACUGAGGGCUACAUUUGCGAGUUUGUUUCAGUUUUCAAUGUGGCUGUCCAAAUUUUAUCUUGCCAGGACUUAAAAGAUUUCGAUUUUCUUCGGUAGAUUAAAAUAAUGUUAAAAAGCGCUAGUUCAAGAUUCAAAAGUUAAGAACACGGUUGAAAACGGAAAAAUUUCAUCCUUCAUCUUUCAAGAAAUGACAAUGGAAAGUUUUUUCAGCUGGUGAAUAACGGUACUAAAAGUUGUUGCGUCACAAAGACCAGCAAUCAAUUUUGAAACGAGUAUAACGAGAAACUGAAAUUUUUUUAUCAGAGCAGGUUUUUCUCGCUCUUUUUCGAAAUGAGAGAAAAGUUGUUACGUCAGUUCCUGUUGCUCAAAAUUUUGAAGUUAGAAAGUUAGAAACGUAACGAGGUCGAGAGUGUUGCUAUGGUGAUGUGCUCAUUUAAUAAGCGGCCUUGGGACGCCUAUGAUGAGCAAAAAAAGACUCGUGUUUUUGAUUAGGAUUAGAAGGAAGAAAACAACUUUUUUUUGCAGUGGCAGUGUUGGAGCAGAAAAGAAACCCGUCGCACCGGCAACAGAGAACGUCGAUCGGUUAGCAAUCUUUUUUUUUAAUUCUCAAGAGAUCAUGUUCGUGUCUGAAUAUGGAAAUCUUUCGGAUUAGUGGCCGGAUUAUCUUUUUUACACGUGCAAAUUUCAGGCCGUCAUAUGAAGUUGUGUACAGCUGGUCGCAGUCGUUCGACCAUCUCAUGAGAAACCGAGGUUUUCGUGGUUUCGUCUGACCUGUAUGACCUUUUCAUUGCAGUUGGCCAGAAGUACUUCGCCGAGUUCUUGAAAGGUGAGUACUCGGACGAGAACAUCCUCUUCUGGCAGGCGUGCGAAGAGUUGAAACGAGAGAAAAACGCCGAAAAAAUCGAAGAAAAGGUAUAUAACCUUGAGGAAGAGGAAGAAACUUUUCAAAAUUUUAGGCACGUAUUAUUUACGAGGACUUCAUCUCCAUUCUGUCGCCAAAAGAGGUUUCGCUGGAUUCGCGCGUCCGCGAAAUCGUCAACUCGAACAUGAGUCGCCCGUCUGCGACGACCUUCGACGAGGCGCAGAAUCAGAUCUUCACGCUCAUGCAGCGAGACAGUUAUCCCCGUUUCUUGGCGUCGAGCAUGUACAAGGGGAUGAUUGGAAACCACGGAAUGUUGGAGGAAGUCUGA